CACCAGUACACCCGAGAUUGACGGGAGUUGUUUAAGUAAUCGACACCGGUUUACUCCGCAAGCGCGAUGCGCGAGAGUUCCGGUAACUCGCGUAUCGGCCCUCAGGUUCAAGCUGGGGGACCAGCUAUCUUGUUUAGCUGCACAGAGUCUGAAAAAUAUCAUCCCGAGUCCAAUUUGUCUGGAUUUGCUCGAUGGUUUCGUCGUCUGCGGGCAACAUUUCGCCUAGCCACUCUUACUGGUCCUAUUACUGCAGAAAAACUCGAGGGUAUUGAUAUCCUUGUGUCUCCACAAGAAAAGUUUUCGCUCUCCGAGCUUGAGACCCUUAAAGAUUUCAUUCAUGGUGGUGGCGCAAUUCUCUUCCUGUGUGAUGAAGGGGGUCAGCCCGCAAUGGGAACGAGCAUAGAUUACCUGCUCGAAGAAUAUGGAAUAUCGACGAAUGGGGACGUGCUGGUCAGCACCUCACGUCAGACGUUUUUUCACCCCAAAGAGCCACUCGUGUUUGACGGCGUGCCUAAACGAUCUAUCCUGAGUAAAGUGGAUAGGAUACAGAGGACACUUGGGAGCGUAAUUUCAAGCGGCUCAAAUGAUAGUACCUUUCAUUUUGGCGACACAAGUGGUGAUGUAGGUCUAACCUUUGUCGUGCCCAGCGGUGCUACGCUCGUGGUCCGAAAACCGGCAGCCACAAUCCUUUCUAGCGGUAAAUUAGCGUAUCCCAUGCAAAGGCCUGUAUGUGCGACAUGGCAUGGGGGCGGAUCGCGUGGUCAAAAUAAAGGACGUAUAGCAGUUUUGGGCUCAGGGAAGAUGGCAACUGAUUAUUGGUUUGACCGUGAAGAUAAUGCGCGUGUUCUUGACUUCAUUAUGCAGUGGCUUGCCACCGACUCGAAAGUUAAUUUGUAUGAUUUAGAUGCUGAAGAUCUAGAGAUUGGCGAGUAUAUUCUCUUGCAGGAUACCGUAAAUUUAGCUGGACGACCACGAAGCUCUCUUGAGGAAGGGGAUAAUAAGCCAAAGGAUUUCACUGUUAUGUUUGUUGGCACAGUUUACGUGGAAGACACCGACUUCGUCCAUGAAACUUUUGAACUGUAUAAUCGACUUAUGGUGGAAAAGGCAAAUCUCAGUCUGAUCGCACCGCAAUUCGAGUGUCCACUUCCCCCGCUUCAGCCGUCAGUUUUCCCUCCCGCACUUAGUGAACCGCCGCCGCCAGCUCUUGACCUGUUUGACCUCGAGCUCGCUUUUUCAACAGAACAGACUCGACUGGCAAAUGUCUUCGUACAGUGCACCGCAGGCAGAAGCGACGAUUUUGCUUUCUUUGUACGCGAGGGAUCAUGCUUGUGCGGAUUUACCAAUGAUAAAAAAGAUUCGACCACUUUGUCGUGCAAGGCUCAGCUGGCGAAAAUUUUCUGUCAAUUAAUAAAUUUCAAAAUGAGCGAAGAAUUGCAUUGAAAAAAAAAUAUUGCCUAGCGAUUUAAUGUAAUACAUACGAAGGUAUGUUGCG